AUGGCCGCCAUUUAUAACUCACCGCGCCUGCCGACCACCUCGCGAAAUAAAGGCCACGGCUCGGAGCGGCGCUGCUGGCUCCCCUGCAGCCUUACAGUCCGGAGAUCCGCAGCUGCCCAGGCCGGCGCUCGUCUCCAGCCCGUGGGCACGCCAGUCGCGUCUACGGCGCAACAGACCCGCAGGAGCCAGCGUGGAACGGAACACAGCGAAGCAGCACGGUACUUAGGCACGGUGGUCCGGCAGCAGAGCAGCAGCUGGCGGACGGAGCACAAGGCGGCGCGCACGCUCGGCGUCAUCAUGGGCGCCUUCAUCCUCUGCUGGCUGCCCUUCUUCCUCUGGUACGUGACAACGACGCUGUGCGGCGAGGCGUGCCACUGCCCGGACGUGGUGGUGGCGGUGCUGUUCUGGAUCGGCUACUUCAACUCGGCGCUGAACCCGCUGAUCUACGCCUACUUCAACCGCGACUUCCGCGACGCCUUCGGCAACACGCUGCAGUGCUUCUUCCCGUGCUGCUUCCGCAGCGCCUGCUGCCGCAAACCCGACACGCCCGCGGCGCACUACGUCUAG